AUGUCGCGUCCCCUCAACCCCAGUCAGCGGCACCACGCGCACUCCAUCUCGCUGGGUGCCUCUAAUUCAAACCACCGGGUAACCCGUCGAAAGAGUGUCACCACCGCCGCUGCCCACGCUGCCGCCGCGGUUGCUGCAUCCAUGGAGGGCGGCGAAUCCACCUCGCUUCCCAUGGGUGCCCACCGCCGGAGCCUCGCAGGCCGCAAGGGACAGGAAUCAGGCUCUGUCGGAAACAUCUCUGGCUUCAGUUCAUACCUCUCUCGCAGCAUCAACAGUCCUAGCCAGGAACCAUCGCUCCCCCGCAAGGGCUCCCCCGGAUCGGAUCACUCCGAUAGCAAGCUCAAGAACCGGAACCGCCGUGCCAGCGAGGGUGCCAUACUCAAAACUGAAGGAAAGCGUGUUUCGGCAGCCAUACGGUGCGAUCGCUGCGGGAAAGGGUAUAAGCAUGGCAGCUGCUUGUCUAAGCAUAUGUGGGAACACGACCCAGCAUGGGCCGUGACUUCGAAACUUCUCAUCUCCAAGCACCAGCAGGUUCAACUACUGGAGGCCGCCUCCGUCUUGGUUACGAUGAACUAUAAUGAUCCACCCGAUGAGUCCGCCGAAUUGGAGUCAGAAAUGUCAUCCGGAUCACCCGGUGCCGAGUCAGCAGCAGACGCCGACGCCCUUUCAGAACUUCGGGAUGGCAUCAGUUCCGCCGAGACCACGCCACCCCCAAUGGACGAGGAGGAGGAAGACGACGACUUCGAGAUGUCGGACAUGCCCACACAAUGGGCCAAGCGACCCAGUGCGAGCAACGCCUCCGGCUUCUCCCGUUCUUACCAGUCGAUUCCCUCCAGUUCGUACAACGACAGCGCCCCGCUGCAUUCGCCCGCCUUCUCCCACUUCCGCAACUCGAGUAUCGACACCCGUCCGUCGACUGCAGAUACACGAUUACACGAGGAUGAUGAGGCGGAUCUGGCCGCGGCCAUUGGUCUCUGCAAUUUCGGCACUCCCCGCACAGGGCCGGUAUCCAUGACCCCCGAUGUGCCACCAGUGCCCCCACUGCCCGCGCGCUAUCUCGACUCGAGCAGCCACCCGAAUUACCAGAGUCCCCACUCUGUUCAAUCGCGCCCCACCGAGGAAGCCGCUCGUAGAGACUCCGAGGCCAAUAUCUUCAUAUCCAGGUCGCUCAACCCGUCGCUUUCAUACAAGGUGUCGGAUGAGCGGGAGGUCCGAACCGGUGGCAACGAGGCCCAGGAAUCCCGUCAACGCCGCAACGCAGACGUGGACUUCAGCAACCGCUCAGCGCCGGAUGACGACGAUGACGGUGUCUUUGGUCGUAUGGAAGAGUAA